AUGUUGUUCUGUGUAAUUGACGACAGCACUUUUAAAUGGUUACGCACGACAAACGGCAAUUUACCACGCUGUUACGGAUUGCCCAAGAUUCACAAAUCAGAACCAAAAUCUCACAUCAAAGACAGUUGGACUUUUGUUAAGAAAAUUAAAGAAUUGAAGAUUGAACCUGGUGAGGUUUUGGUUUCCUUGGACGUCGUUUCGUUGUUUACCAACAUUCCCAGGAAUCUUGUUUUUCAGGGAAUUGAGAAGAGGUGGAGUUUGAUUUCUGCUGAUACAGCUUUGAAUCUUAAUCAGUUUUUACACGCUAUUGAUUUAGUGUUAGGUUCCACCAGCUUCCAGUUUAAUGGGGUUUGUUAUGAACAAAUUUUUGGAAGCUCUAUGGGCUCCCCUUUGUCACCCAUAGUGGCUGAUAUGGUACUUGAUAAUCUUGAGACCAAAUGCAUUUCUUCUUUGGAUUUUGAGUUGCCUGUUUUCUAUCGGUAUGUAGAUGACGUUUUCACAAUUCUUCCUGUUGACAAGGUUGACCAUGUUUUGCAUGUUUUCAAUUCAAAUAAUGAAAGAUUGAAGUUCACAAUGGAGUUGGAAUCCAAUAAUAGAAUUAAUUUCCUAGAUACUACAGUUAUUAGAGACAGUCAAAGACUGAUUACUGAUUGGUACAGGAAACCAACGUUUUCCGGAAGGUAA